CCUGGAGGAAAACGGAGGCGGGCGGGAGGGCUGGGGGAAGGGAUCUGGGCCUAGGACAACUGCUGACUAAUCGGCGGGCGGUGGGGGAGGGGGCUGGCCGCGCCGGCUGGGUUCUCGCGCUCGGGUGUGGGUGCAAUGGUUUUUUGGGGUUGCUGGGUCUCAGCCCGCCGCUCGAGGCCCGAUUUCCAUCCGGGGGGAGAGGGCGAGGGUGGGGAGGGAGGAACCGCCCGCCCGGCCUCUCGAGGUGUGGGGCGCGCUCAGGCGGUGAGUACCUCAGACGCGUGACCCGGACGGCGGGGGAGGGGGCCGGGAGCCAUCACGGGGGAGGGGGGCCCAACACGUGCCUGGCCCCGAGGUCCGCCCCCCCGCCCCCCGUAACGGUCAGCGUCCCGGAGGUCUGUUUAAUGAAAUCCAACCUACCCUUGUUUUUAACAGAAGGGGAAACUGAGGACCAAGGAAAACCGAAUACUUAUACCAAAGUCACCAAGCUGAGUUCGACCCAGACCGCGGGGCACACACACCUCCCCCCCCUACCACCCAGAAGAAUCUUUCCUGCCCUUGACUUCCCAUUCUGCCCUCUGGGCUGCCCAGUUAAGCACACAGCCCCAGGACUGCCCUUGACCAUCCACAACCAAGCUAUGAAAGCCAGGGACCCUACUGGCUCCCUGUCCCCAGCGCUGCCCCUCGCCUCCUCAGUCCUGAUGUUACUGCUGAGUAGCCUGUGGCUGGUGGGGGCUGGCCCCAGCCUAGCCCUGGCCCCAGAGCUGCUGCUGGACCCCUGGCAGGUGCACCGGCUGCUGACCCAUGCCCUGGGCCACACGGCCCUUCCCGGCCUUCUCCUGAGCCUGCUGCUCCUACCCAUUCUGGGCUGGCGACAAGAGUGCCGCCUGGGCACACUGCGCUUCCUGCACACCUCCGCCCUGCUCUCCUUGGCUGCUGGGCUGCUGGCUGUGUUGUUGGCAGGCCUAGGGGUGUCUAGGGCAGCCGGAAGCUGUGGAUACAUGCCUGUCCACCUGGCUAUGCUGGCAGGGCAGAGUCACUGCCCCAGACAGCCCCAAGAGGCACUGCCACCAUGGCUGUUGCCCUGGCUGCUCCUCGGCCUGACUUCAUUGCUCAGCUCUGAACCGCCCUUCCUGCAGCUGCUCUGUGGCCUCCUUGCUGGCCUGGCCUAUGCUGCUGGAGCUUUCCGGUGGCUGGAGAUGUCAGAGCAGCGACUACAGGUGUUGCAAGAUGGCAUCUUGUGCAGGACCCUGGCGGGGUUCUGGCCUCUGAGGCUCCUUCCCGCCCCAGGCAGCCUGGCUGAGCUGCCUGUCACCCAUCCCACUGGAACCAGGCCUGCAAACUCAAGACCUCCUUUGCUGGCUUCCCCUGGUGUCUGGUCUCAUAGUGACAGCUCAAUCCAGUUCCCACCAGGCCUGGGGCCUGCGCAGCUGACCUGGGAGGGCUCCUCGGAGGCUGGCCUGGACUGGACCCAGCCUGGAUCCAGCUUUGCCCCAGGAAGUCCACUGUGGGCAGCUCUGGAUGAGCAGAUGCUACAGGAAGGGAUCCGAGCUUCACUCCUUGAUGGACCAGCCCAGGGGCCUCAGGGCCCGCUGUAUCUGCCCAAGUCCUCCAUCUCCUCUCUGCGGCUGCAGCAGCUGGAGCGCAUGGGCUUCCCCACAGAGCAGGCCGCAGUAGCUCUGGCAGCCACAGGCCGUGUGGAGGGUGCUGUGUCGCUGCUGGUUGAAGGGCAGGUGGACACUGAGACCUUGGUGACUGAGGGGAGGGUGGGCCCGGGGCCCCUCUAGCCCAGGCAGAGGGUGGGGGCGCAGGCCUGCCCUGAUGGCUGGAGCCCCUGCUCUGUUGGGGUACAGGAACUGGGGGAACAGGGCAGGAGAAGCCCCCAGAGCAUUGCCAUGAUACCAUGGAGAAUAAAAGUGUUUGUUUA